AUGGCGGUGAACAACGCCACAAGCGACGGCCAUCUUGGAAGCGUCGAUUCUUACCGCGUCCCCAAGAUUCCGAAAUUUUUUCGCGACGAUCCGAUGCUGUGGUUUUUGCAAGUCGAGGCUACGUUCAAUACCGCGCGGAUAACAGAUGCGAGAACGCGGGUAGAUUACCUCGUCGCGGCGUUAGAUCCGGAGGUCGUAUCCUCCAUCAGGGACUUAUUAACGGGGCCACGAUCGGACGAUAUAUACGAUCUCGUGAAAACGCGUAUUAUGUCGGCGUACGCGGCAUCGGCGGAAAGCCGGCUCCGGCAAUUAUUAAAAGGGCAGGUUACUACAGAAGGGAAACCGUCGCAAAUACUAUACCGGUUGCGUGCCCUGGACGACGGUCGAUGCGACGACGAGGUGAUGCGCUCGAUUUUCUUAGAGCAGAUGCCAGAAAUGGUGAAAACAAUAUUAGUAGCGGCAAAAGUGCCGAAAUUGCAAGACCUCGCGGAAAUGGCGGAUAGAAUAUGCGAGUCUACUUCGCAAAGCAGCCACGUCGCCGCAUCGGUCAAUGUGAGGGAUCGGUCAAACCGCGAUCCGAUGGAGGCGAAGCUCGACAGACUGACCGACGCACAGUGGGGUAUUUGCCCGAUCUAG